GGGAGUUGAGAGAAGCGGGAGGGGCCGAGCGGCGAUCGCACCCCCAGACCCCCGGCCCCGCCGCGCCGCCGGGGGAGGGGGCGGAGGAGCCGAGCCAGGCAGUCGCCCGGCGGCGGCUCCAGAGUGGCGCGCGGAGCGGCGGCGCCGGCGCCCCUUUCUUCCGCGGCUUCUUCGCUUUCCCCCCCGGAGGGGGCAGGGCGCGGGGGCCCCGAGACGGGAAGGCGCGGCGCAGACGCCCCCCGGGCCCCCGGCAGCCGGCGGGGGCGCGGGCACCGAUGGCUUCGCUGUACCAGAGGUUCACGGGCAAGAUCAACACCUCGCGCUCCUUCCCGGCGCCCCCGGAGGCCAGCCGCCUCCUGGGCGGCCAGGGGCCGGAGGACGACGGCGCGGGGCCCAGGCCCCUCGGAGCCCCCGCGCCCGCGGCGGCGCCCCGGGAGCGCGGCGGCGGCCGGCCCCGCUUCCAGUACCAGGCGCGGAGCGACGGUGACGACGAGGACGAGCUGGUGGGGAGUAAUCCUCCGCAGAGAAACUGGAAGGGAAUAGCGAUUGCGCUCCUUGUGAUUCUGGUCAUCUGCUCCUUGAUUGUCACCUCGGUCAUACUGCUGACACCAGCUGAAGAUAACAGCCUGUCUCAGAAGAAGAAAGUCACAGUGGAAGAUCUCUUCAGUGAUGACUUCAAAAUUCACGACCCCGAGGCUAAGUGGAUAAGCGAUAAAGAAUUCAUCUACAGAGAACAGAAAGGAAGUGUGAUACUGCGGAAUGUUGAAACAAAUACUUCUACGGUGUUAAUAGAAGGCAAAAAAAUCGAGUCAUUAAGAGCCAUCCGAUAUGAAAUCUCUCCAGAUAAAGAAUAUGCUCUGUUUUCAUACAACGUGGAGCCCAUAUACCAACACUCCUACACUGGAUAUUAUGUCCUGAGCAAAAUUCCUCAUGGGGAUCCUCAAAGUCUGGACCCACCGGAAGUGAGCAAUGCGAAACUUCAGUACGCAGGGUGGGGCCCUAAAGGCCAACAGCUGAUAUUUAUCUUCGAAAACAACAUCUACUACUGCGCGCACGUCGGGAAGCAGGCCAUCCGCGUGGUGUCUACAGGGAAGGAAGGCGUGAUCUACAACGGCCUCAGUGACUGGCUGUACGAAGAGGAGAUUUUGAAGACCCACAUCGCCCACUGGUGGUCCCCGGACGGCACGAGGCUCGCCUACGCCACCAUCAACGACUCCCGCGUGCCCGUCAUGGAGCUCCCGACCUACACGGGCUCCGUCUACCCCACAGUGACACCCUACCACUACCCCAAGGCUGGAUGUGAAAACCCCAGCAUUUCCCUGCACGUCAUUGGCUUAAAUGGACCCACCCACGACCUGGAGAUGAUGCCACCGGAUGACCCACGGAUGAGGGAGUACUACGUCACCAUGGUGAAGUGGGCCACCAGCACCAAGGUCGCGGUGAACUGGCUGAGCCGGGCGCAGAACGUGUCCAUCCUCACCCUCUGCGACGCCACCACUGGCGUCUGCACAAAGAAACACGAGGAUGAAAGUGAAGCCUGGCUGCACAGACAGAACGAGGAACCGGUGUUCUCCAAGGACGGGCGGAAGUUCUUCUUUGUCAGAGCCAUCCCCCAGGGGGGACAAGGGAAAUUCUAUCACAUCACUGUGUCUUCAUCCCAGCCCAACAGCAGCAACGACAACAUCCAGUCCAUCACGUCCGGAGACUGGGACGUCACCAAGAUCCUGGCCUACGACGAGAAGCGGAACAAGAUCUACUUCCUGAGCACAGAGGACCUGCCCCGGAGGCGACAGCUCUACAGCGCCAGCACGGUGGGCAGCUUCAACAGGCAGUGCGUGUCCUGUGACCUGCUGGAGAACUGCACCUACUUCAGCGCAUCCUUCAGCCACAGCGCCGACUUCUUCCUGCUCAAGUGCGAAGGUCCUGGAGUCCCCGCAGUGACCGUGCACAACACGACAGAUAAGAAAAAAAUUUUCGAUCUAGAAACAAACGAACACGUAAAGAAGGCCGUGUAUGACCGACAGAUGCCUAAAGUAGAAUACAGGAAGAUCGAGGUUGACGAUUACAGCUUGCCCGUUCAGAUCCUCAAGCCCGCGACCUUCACCGACACCGCGCACUACCCCUUGCUCCUGGUGGUGGACGGCACCCCCGGGGGCCAGAGCGUGGCCGAGCGGUUCCAGGUGAGCUGGGAGACGGUGAUGGUGAGCAGCCACGGGGCCGUGGUGCUCAAGUGCGACGGCCGCGGCAGCGGCUUCCAGGGGACCAAGCUCCUGCACGAGGUGGGGCGGCGGCUGGGCGCCCUGGAGGAGAAGGACCAGCUGGAGGCCGUGCGGAUGAUGCUGAAGGAACAGUACAUCGACAAGACGCGCGUGGCCGUGUUCGGGAAGGACUACGGCGGGUACCUGAGCACUUACAUCCUCCCAGCGAAGGGUGAAAAUCAGGGGCAGGUUUUCACCUGUGGCUCCGCGCUCUCUCCCAUAACAGACUUCAAGCUCUACGCAUCCGCGUUCUCCGAGAGGUACCUGGGCCUCCACGGACUUGACAACAGGGCGUACGAGAUGACCAAGGUGGCUCACCGAGUGUCCGCCCUGGAGGAGCAGCAGUUUCUGAUCAUUCACGCAACCGCCGACGAAAAAAUCCAUUUCCAGCACACGGCGGAACUCAUUACACAGCUAAUUAAGGGGAAGGCUAAUUACAGCUUACAGAUCUACCCGGACGAAAGCCAUUACUUCCACAGCGCCUCCCUGCACCAGCACCUGUACCGCUCCAUCAUCAACUUCUUCGUGGAGUGCUUCCGGAUUCAGGACAGACUCCCCACGGCCACAGCGAAAGAGGAGGAGGAGGAGGACUGAGCCGGAGCCAGCCCUGAGCACGGCGGGGGGCUCCCCCGGGAACAGCGUGCCGCGGGGGACCCCGCCGGCCCCUCCCGCGGGGCCAGGGCCAGGCCAAGAAGUGUGACUUUCCAUAGCAUGUGUGUCUUGCGUCCGAAGGCGGUUUUGCCUCAGAAACUAGCUCCUUCCCAGGCCGAGACGCGUCAUCGCUCCCAGGGGCCCCUCCCCGCCGCGCCCGGAGCCGCCACAGCAGCCUCGCCUCCUCCCGGCCCCUCCCCAGGAACGAAGGACAGACAGCAGUACAGAAACUGGCCCUUAAACCCAAGCUAUCCCGCAGUAGCGUGAAGACCCGCCCUGGCUAGCGGCCGCGUCCACAUUAGCAGCCUUCCAUCCUGUCUGAUCCACCCACGCCAUGGAAACUUCUAGAGCACAAUUAUUUUAACAGUACUUGUUCAUAGAUGGGCUUGCUCCUUUCUGUAAUUAGGAGAUCCGGCAUGUCAGGGGCCGUACUAAGUGUUACUGUAGCUACACUAAUGCUUAACCUUCUGGAAUUAAUCCGUAUUUUUCUAUGGUUUUUACCUGACACUGUCUCCGGUCAUGGGCUUCCUCUCUUUGUGUCUUUCUUUCCUUCUUUUCUUUCUCGGCUUUGUUUUGCUUUCUGUUCUUCGGUCCAUGUGUAAGGCUCGUUUGGAUACAGAAACAGAUCAGAAGCAACUAACUGCCCUCUCCUCGAGAUUGUCUUGAGACUCUGUGCAGAAAUUUCCAAAAAAAACACAAACUGGGGAAUCAACAUCCAGUACUAUUCACUAAAAAAAAAAAAAAAAAUCCUAAAUAAAACUUCUUUCCCACAAAGCCGCAUUAGGAUUUGGCUUAGACUCACACUAUGUACGUACGCCUGAAGCCCGUCCCCUUCUCCCUUGAUACCUUGUAAGAGUUUCUCACGUGGCAUUCGGUCAAAAAGCCGUGACAAGACGAAGGGUUGACUCCCUCCCCAGGUCUGUGGGCGUGCUCGGGGGACCGUCGAGGGCAGCGUGGGUGCGAGCGGUGGCCUCCCGCCCGGGGACGGCUCGGCGCCCCACCACCGUGUGCCAGCCGCCUGUCCAUGGGACGCCCCCUCCGACGGGAUGCACGGCCGGUGCUCCCGGUGCAUAUUUCGUCCUGUUGUAUAUGAAGACGGGAAUGGGGACCGCCCCUCCAGCAGCUCGCGUCGCCUGCAUGCCGCCGCCCUGUGGCUGACCGCGCUCCCCACAAGUGCUAGUUUGAGACGUACCGACCACUUCUGUUUCCUUUGGAGCUCGUUGACCACCUGAAUGUCAGUACUGGUCUCUCCCGCUUCCGGUCUGCCAGGGGGGUGGUCCUUGACCUCCCGUCGGCGGAGAAGGCUCGUCCGUGUUGCUUUGGUGUUUGAGGGUUUUGGGUCUCGUCUCCGUGAGUUUUGAGUGUCAGUUGCAAUGAGGGCGAUGGGAAGGUCUCCGUCACAGGAUUUUUUCAGGUGAGACGUCGCCAUCAGGGAAAAGGACCGACGCGUGAGCAGCCGGACGGCUCUGGACGCUACGUGACCGUGACUUCGCGAUUUUCAGUGGGCUUGACCGAAAGCCAACUCGGUCCGACAGGGGAAGCCAGCUGUGGCCGCGAGAUCUGGCAGGAGGGACGUGAGCAUGUGGCAUACUAGCGUUUGUUCAUCCAUGGAAUAAAACAUUAUUUUACCA